GUGGUGACGCUAUACAGAGGCUCCUCCCCCUUCCUUGGAGCCGAGACAGUCGGGCUGCUGAAGCUCGGGCCAAUCAGAGGGGAGGCUCCAACGAUGGCAUGGUGAUGGAACGCCGCUGAGAGGUCUGACAAGAUGUACCAGGUCCCACUGCCACUGGACCGGGAUGGGACCCUGGUCCGCCUCCGCUUCACCCUGGUGGCCCUGGUCACAGUCUGCUGUCCACUUGUCGCCUUCCUCUUCUGCAUCCUCUGGUCCCUGCUCUUCCACUUCAAGGAGACUACGGCCACACACUGUGGGGAUGUUCUCUGCGGCCUCCCAGCCCUUGGACCCAGAUGGGACUGUGUUCCGGCUCCGCUUCACGGCCAUGAUCUGGUGGGUCAUCACUUUCCCCAUGUUCGGCUUCUUCUUCUGCAUCAUCUGGUCCCUGGUGUUCCACUUUGAGUACACGGUGGCCACUGACUGUGGGGUGCCCAACUACCUGCCUUCGGUGAGCUCGGCCAUUGGUGGGGAGGUGCCCCAGCGCUACGUGUGGCGCUUCUGCAUCGGCCUGCACUCAGCGCCCCGCUUCUUGGUGGCCUUCGCAUACUGGAACCACUACCUCAGCUGCGCGUCCCCGUGUCCUGGCUACCGCCCGCUUUGCCGCCUCAACUUUGGCCUCAACGUCGUCGAGAACCUCGCACUGCUAGUGCUCACUUACGUCUCCUCUUCCGAGGACUUCACCAUCCACGAAAAUGCUUUUAUUGUGUUCAUCGCCUCUUCCCUCAGUCACAUGCUCCUCACCUGCAUUCUCUGGCGGCUGACCAAGAAGCACACAGUAAGUCAGGAGGAAUAUGAACAUGCCCAUCAUUCCUGCUGCCCUUGCCUGUGCCCCCUUCCAAAACCAAGGGAGGACCGCAAGUCCUACAACUGGAAACAGCGGCUUUUCGUCAUCAACUUCAUCUCCUUCUUCACGGCGCUGGCUGUCUACUUUCGGCACAACAUGUAUUGUGAGGCUGGAGUAUACACCAUCUUCGCCAUCCUGGAGUACACCGUUGUCCUAACCAACAUGGCGUUCCACAUGACAGCCUGGUGGGACUUCGGGAACAAGGAGCUGCUCAUUACCUCCCAGCCUGAGGAAAAGCGAUUCUGAACCCUUUCUCUCCUACUAGAAAGGAGGAGGCGGUCCACUGCCCAGAAACUAGAAACAAGACACCACUCUGGCCUUCCCCACCCUGUGUCCUCUGUGGGCCGUGCUGAAGCUGGGGGAGGGGGAGGAAGGGCAGAAGGGCACAGGACAGGGUUUUAGGUAGCCCUGCUGGCUUCUCUUUUCCCUCACCCCACUUGAAGGCACAGGGACCUUCAAGCAGCAUCACCCUUAUCAGAGAGGCCCCAAGAAGCUGAGCUGUUAGGCGAGCUCCACCAUCUGGUGCUAAAAAAAGUCCUGAGGUUUAUAACCACCAUCGGUUCUUGGCCUUUACAUAGCCACCUCUUGCUGAGGUCAGGGACCACUGAGCAGUGGCUGCUACCUGAAAACCACAGCCAUUUCUCUCCACGGGGUCAUUCACUUGACUGGUGUAUGUGAUUAUCUCCUGCACAUGCCCAGGCCUGUGCCACAGUCCCUUGCUAAGUUUGCCCAGGUGUUCUAGCUCUGACUUCACCUCCUGUUUAGUGUGUACCCCUUCCCCAUCUAAGCCUUAGUAUGUCCAUGCAGGUGGUUGGGGGUAGGAGGGCUGUAGGAUCUGUAAGGGCUCUGCCAGUGUGUGGUUCUGACACUACCUUGUGGAGGUAGUGUUCUGUACCUGAGGGAUGUCCUGCUCCAGGAAAAGCACUGGCACAGCAUUUGUUUUCCUUCCCUUCUGAAAUCCAUGGCUCACCGACUCUUCCUCCUUGGCAAAGGUGUAGGGUAGUCAGAGGCAGAUUCCUGCCCCAAAAUGGGCUCUCUGCUGUCUCCCUGUCCUCCCUGCUGCCCCAUGCCCUGACCUCUUUUGGUUGUACAUUUUAUUUCAAAGGAAAAUAAAUUUUUUUUUUUUUUUU